CUUAUAACAUCAACCACAAACCUCAGGGACUUCUGCCUUCCUUUAUGGUUCAUUGUGUCUCAGUGGACUAAGCAGUGCCAACGCCGAGAUGGUUCUCCCAGUAGAAACAUUGGGAAAGGGCUGGGUCGGCAACAGCAAAAUGACAAGUAGUAGCUCAGUUGGUAGCAAGUUUUGGCUCCUCCUGUGGAAAAACUGGUUGUUACAACGACGUAAGAAGCUUCAGACUGUGAUAGAGGUAGUCCUGCCAGUAGUCUUUUGUAUACUACUAGUCAUCAUUCGUGACUUAGCACCAUCAGAUAAUUACCCAGAGCCUACUUUCUUCAAGCCAUUUUCCAUCGAUGAAUUGCCGGUCAACCUGACGCCAUCCGUUGGACCUGGACUUUUUGAUGAUAUUGCUGACUCAAUCCUGGGAGACAUAUCUAGGAGGCGGCGGCGUGACCUCAGCCAGAAUGAUAGCCAGACUACAGAGCUACUUUCAAGACAAGCGAUGGCUCACCAGACAUUUCAGUCACAAAGAAACAAGAUGCAUCACAGAAGAAAUACAAGAAAAAAGAGAUUUAUAGAUUUCUUUGGGUUUGGUGAUUUUUUUGCAUCAAUAUCUGUUGAAAUGCAGAGGAUGCCUUAUCCAAAAUACAUAGAUGACAAGUAUCUUGUGGCUCUGCAGUCAUGGCUGCCUUUUGUUCUCCUUAUUUCAUACAUCUAUCCUGCAAUCAACAUUGUUAAAAGUGUUGUUUACGAAAAAGAGAAGAAGUUAAAGGAAUCUAUGAAGAUGAUGGGGUUACAAAACUGGAUGCAUUGGAUGGCAUGGUUUAUCAAGUCGUUCCUUUUCCUAAGCACAACAACCCUUUUAAUAACAAUUUUACUUUGCACAAGAUGGCAAGGGGAAGGGAGCUUAGCAGUGCUGAACAACAGUGAUCCAACGUUGGUAUUCAUCUUUUUGCUGCUCUACACAGUUUGUUCCAUCAGUUUCUGCUUCUUCAUUUCUACUCUUUUUUCUAAAGCUAACAGUGCUGCAACAGCAACUGGUUUACUGUGGUUUUUCACCUACUUCCCAUACAUGAUUCUUCGGCCUCGCUAUUCUUCUUUGACAAAUGGCAACAAAAUUGUUUUGUGCCUCCUCUCAAACACUGCCAUGAGCCUGGGAUGCCAGAUGACUUCCAUGUUUGAAGGUGCAGGGUCUGGCAUACAUUGGAACCUUCUGUAUUCUGGAGUAUCACCAGAUGACUCCUUUACACUGGGCCAUGUGUUUGGAAUGCUUAUUAUCAACACAUUUAUCUUUGCCCUCCUGACUUGGUAUAUUGAAGCAGUUUGGCCAGGGCAGUUUGGUAUGCCACAACCAUGGUAUUUCCCAUUUAUGAAAUCAUACUGGCUUGGACAACCUGCCGAAGUUAAAAAAGUCAACCAAGAAGAGCUCCUUACAGAUCCCAGCCUGUUUGAAGAAGAUCCUAAGGGGAUAAAAGCUGGUGUGAAAAUUUUAGGCCUAACAAAGAUUUUUCCUCGUGGGCAGAAAGUUGCUGUAAACAAAAUGUUUUUGAAAAUGUACAGUGGUCAGAUUACUGUGUUACUUGGACAUAACGGAGCAGGCAAAACAACCACAAUGUCCAUGCUGACUGGUCUCUUUCCACCUACAUCGGGCACAGCUGAAGUUGGGGGAUAUGAUAUUGUUACUCAAAUUGGAGAGGUCCGAAGAUCCCUUGGAUUAUGCCCACAGCAUGAUGUGCUUUUUGAUGAACUGACAGUGUCUGAACACAUUGUCUUUUUCAGCAGGCUAAAAGGACUAUCCAGUGUGAAGGCUAAAGAGGAAGUGUCCAGCAUGGUUGAGAAACUGAAACUUCAAGAGAAACGGAAUGCAAUGGCCAAGACACUUUCGGGAGGAAUGAAGAGGAAGUUAUCUGUUGGCAUUGCCCUUUGUGCUGGAAGCAAUGUAGUCUUUUUGGAUGAGCCAACCUCAGGCAUGGAUCCAGGGGCUCGGAGGAUCAUCUGGGACCUCUUGCAGCAGGAGAGAUCUGGCCGUACCAUUCUUCUGACUACACAUUUCAUGGAAGAGGCUGACCUCCUAGGUGAUAGAAUUGCCAUUAUGGCUAAUGGCAUCGUGCAGUGCUGUGGGUCAUCCCUGUUCUUGAAGAAGAAAUAUGGUGCUGGUUAUCGUCUGAUCAUUGUUAAAGAGAAAGGCUGUGACAUUGAUGCUAUCACCACUGUCCUUCAAAGUCACAUACCAGAUGCAGAACUUGACCAGAAUGUUGGGGCUGAGCUGUCUUAUGUUCUUCCCAAUGCAGAUGUAGCCAAAUUUGAAUCAUUGUUCUUGCAGCUGGAAAACAGUCGAGAAGAAUUACACAUAUCCAGUUAUGGAGCCUCCCAGACCACAAUGGAUGAAGUAUUUUUAAGAGUCGGGGAGUCUGUCAAUGUAGAAGGUCUAGAUGACAUGCCAAAACCUGCAUUUAUAAAAGCCAAGAAACACAAAGCAAGUUCUUUAGCACUUGACCAAGAAAAUGGACUUUUGCUUCAGCAUAGUGAAAAUUCUGUGGAGCAGAUUGAUCUAGAACCAGGGCAGAGUUAUGAAGCGAAAGAAGCUACAACUGUUAACAUCCAGCCAUCCAAAGAUACGCAAGAACCUAUGCAAAGAAAUACAGGAUUUGCCCUUAUUAUGCAGCAGUUCUGGGCUAUGCUGGUCAAGAAAGCACUUUACACCUUCAGAAAUAUUAUCCUUACUGUAACGCAGAAUGUGAUACCUGUGGCUUUUCUGAUCUUGGCUUUGAUUGUGGUUCAGACACUCCCAGGCGUGAAUGAUGCACCUCCUCCAUUCAUUUUUGGACUUGAGAAUUUUGAAGGAACAGAAACACUGGUCCAAGUUCAGAACCCUAAUAAUGAUACCAAGAGUCUUGAAGACUCACUCAAGAACCAUUUUAAAAUUCCCAAUUUUAUAGAAAUGGUAGACACAGGACAGAACUUUACCACAGUCAUUUUGCAAAAGGCCGAGAGUGAUAUUCCGUCCUUCAACCUCCAUUUAAUGGUCAGCAUGAAAAUAAUAGGAGAUGAGUAUGGAGCCCACAUAGUGACCUUCUUCAACAGCCAACCUUUCCAUACACCUCCACUUGCCUUAAAUGUGAUGGACUUGGCUAUUUCAAGGGCCGUAACAGGAAAGAGCAACCUGAGAAUUAGAACAUCCAAUCAUCCAUUACCUCGGACAGAUGUGGAAAAGUUGACCCAAGAUUCAAGGCAGAGUUUGGGAUUCCAGAUUGGCUUCAACCUAGCUUUUGGAAUGUCGUUCUUAGCUGCAUCUUUCGUGUAUUUUCUUAUUCAAGAACGAACCACCAAGGCAAAACACCUACAGUUUGUAUCAGGUGUAAACUUUAUAACAUACUGGGCUGCCUCUGCUAUAUGGGACUACAUUGUCUUCUUAGUUCCAUGCUGUCUGGCUCUUAUUUGCCUGCUUAUCUUCAACCGAGAGGGCUUAAGUGAGCCAGAGCAGCUGGGCAGAGUAAUGAUUAUCUUUGUCUUCUAUGUGUGGGUUUCUUUACCACUGAUGUAUCUCUGCUCCUUCACAUUUGCUGAAGCAUCAACAGGCUUCACAAGAAUGAUCAUCUACAAUGUUAUAACAGGAAUGGCAACACUCAUCACAGUGACCAUCUUGCGCAUUCCUGACCUUGAGCUUGGUCAUGUGGCUGACCUGUUGGACUGGAUAUUCCUCCUCUUCCCUUCUUAUGCAAUGGCAUCAGGGAUUACAGAUCUUUACAAUAACUGGAGAAUUAUUGGAAUCUGUAGAAAAGAAAUAUUUGACUUCCUUUGUGAAAUUAAGUCAUUUGCAAAUCCUUGCUGUAAAAAGACAAACAAUUGUGGUUCCUUUGGUUGCGUUGACUGGAAUGAUGAUCCUCUGGGAUGGGAGAAACUUGGCAUUGGACGCAUGCUUGUUUUCAUGGGCUUGGAGGGCCUCGUCUUCUAUUUUAUUAUUGCUCUGAUUGAACUCAAAGUUUUCCAGAAGAUCAGGUACUCAGCCAGUCGUUUGUGGGGCAAAGUGGCUGUCAGACCCACUGAAGAUGCUGAAAAGGAGUCUGAUCCACUAAUGCAAGAAGAUAAGGAUGUGGUGAAUGAACGAUUGCGCAUCAGAAACACUCCUCUUUCUCAGUUACAUGAUACUGAUAAACUUAUUUUUAGUGACCUUAGCAAGACUUACUCAGGGAACUUUAUGGCUGUGGAUCAUCUUAACUUAGGAGUACCUUUAGGGGAAUGCUUUGGCCUCCUUGGAAUCAAUGGAGCAGGCAAAACCACAACCUUCAAAAUGUUGACUGGUGAUUUACAAGUAUCCUUUGGUAAUGCAUUUGUCAAUGGAUACAGCAUCAAAUCAGACUUAAAGAAGGUACAACAGCAGGUAGGGUACUGCCCUCAGUUUGAUGCCAUUCUGGAUCAAAUGACAGGAAGAGAAGCUCUCCGCAUGUUUGCACGUCUCCGGGGAGUGCCAGAGAGGCAGAUUGACAGAAUUAUUGUUACCUUAGCAGAACAAUUGCUUGUAUCUCCUCAUUUGGAUAAUUUGGGAAACAAGAGGAAGUUAAGCACUGGUGUAGCACUGGUAGGUGACCCUCCCUUGGUACUGCUUGACGAGCCAACCUCAGGGAUGGACCCUGUAGCAAGACGUGUUCUCUGGGAUGUGCUCACUUCUGUUCGAGAUGCUGGUAGGAGCAUAAUUCUAACAUCACACAGUAUGGAGGAGUGUGAAGCAUUGUGUACAAGGUUAGCUAUUAUGGUAAAUGGCAAGUUUUGCUGUUUAGGUUCUCCACAACACCUCAAGAGCAAGUUUAGUGAAGGAUACUCAAUAAUCAUCAGAGUACACAUAUCACAGUCUCCAGAUGAAAAUGAGACCACCUUUGCAGAGAUGCCGCCAGAAAUGCUUAAUGUAAAGCAGUUUAUAGAAACUACAUUCCCAGCAAAUCAACUUCGGGAAAUGCAAUGGGGACGGCUUGAGUACUUUGUUCCUGCUGCUGGCCUUACAUGGGCUUCCGUGUUUGGAACAUUAGAGAAAAACCGAAAAGAAUUAUCUAUAGAAGAUUAUUCUGUCACUCAAACAACACUCGAACGGGUAUUUUUAACAUUUUCAAGAGGACAGAGACCAGAUUCUGACACUAGCAGUUGAUUUUUGAAGAUUCAUUCAAAUAUAACAUUGUAAAAUUAGAAUUAAUCAUUGUGCCAUGAAGUUUAAUAUUUCUAGAAGCCAAAGUAGAC